GGGGGGGGGGGGGGAAGGAAAACGCAAUUCUAAUUAAUAUUCUUAAUAAUUUUUAAACCCUUUUAUUUUCGGACUCGAAACCCUAAUUUCGCAAUUGCGCCGUCUCUCUCGCACCGGAGAAUGAGUAGUACUACUACGAUGGCUGCUCUUCCGGCGCGUCACCUGUCGAAGGUUCACUCGAAUAACGUUAACAGCGCCGUGAAAUCUCUGUUAAAAUGGUGGGACUCCAAAUCCAAGUCCCAGAAGAAGAACUCAGAACAGCUCGAGAACGAGAACGAGAACGACGGUUUCGUCUACCUAAUCGUGACAGUGAAGAGAAUCCCACAGCUGGAUCGGACUAACCCUUUCAUGAUCCCUCUUCCUCAUCCUCUCAUCGAUCUCGCCGCCGAAGAUUCGCCGGAGCUCUGUUUGAUCAUCGACGACAAACACAAGAACAAAAUCACAAAGGAAGCGGCUUUGAAGAAGAUCGAAGCGGAGAAGAUCCCUAUCACCACUGUGAUCAAAGUCUCGAAACUGAAGUCGGAUUUAGUCAAGUUAGAGAAGGAGAAGCGUUGCUGCGAGCUUUAUUUCGCGGAGAGGAGGCUGAUGCCGGUUUUGCCGAAGCUGCUGGUGAAAGAGUUUGCUAAGAAGAAGAAGAACCCUAUCGCGGUUAACCUCAGGCAUGGGAACUGGAAAGAGCAGGUUGAGAAAGCUUGUGAAUCGGCUCUGUUCUUCGUUGGUACAGGUACGUGUAGCGUUGUUAAGGUGGCGAGAUUGUCAAUGGGAAGGAAGGAGAUUGCAGAGAAUGUGAUGGUGAGUAUAAAUGGGAUUGGUGAUUCAGUUCCUGGUAAAUGGAAGAAUGUUAGGUUUUUGCAUAUUAAGUUGCUUGAGAGCAUGGCAUUGCCUGUUUAUGAACAAGUUGGACAACCUUAGCUUAAACACUGAUGAAUCGAUCUGGUUAUACAAUAUAGUCACAGGUUUUGGUUUUGUUCUGUGGAACUUUUUCUCUUAUGGUGAUAUGCCUACUAGACUAGACAAACUGUCUAGAAUGAUUAUAGUGUUUUUGAAUGCAAAAAUUUUGAUUUACAUGAGUGAGUCUUUUGGUAUACUUGAGAUGUGCAGAAGGAUAAAGCAGAACGAUGCUGUUUGAAUAUGACAGGAUGGUUUUUUGGUUA